UUUAAAUAUAGUUAUUACUCUAUGGUUUUAAAUCGCGACUUUAGAUAAUAAAUAAUGAUCGGUUAUUUUGAUGUUGGUUCACGGUUGACAGUUCACAGUUGACAAGUACAACUUGAACCUAUCUAAAACAAGAAUAGAAAUAUUCAAUUUAUCACGAAAUAUAUCUGUUUGAUCGAAUUGUUUUUCAUUAAAAAAUAAUAUCACCUACUUAUGAAAUGGAAGACGAGGUUGAAAUACGCAAGGUCCAAGGGUUGGAAUUGAUAUUAAAAUCAAUAAAUUGUGAAAAGUAUAAAUCCAAGUUUGAAAAUCACGGAAUUAAUGAACAUACGUUUAUUCAGUUGACUGCAGAUGAUCUCAGAUACCUGGAUGUUGAUAAUAAAGACAUUUAUGCUUUAUUGACUGCGAUAAAUGUACUCAAUAAGACAUUAAACAACAGUGAAUUACGAUUAUCAAAUGAUGAAAUUCUUAAACUUCAGUCCAAAAUGUGUGGACAACUUGGAUACAUUGCUUUAGUUUUAAAUCAUAUACACUGUUCAAUCACUAGUGAUAAAAGUCAUUUAAAUGACAUGUUAAUUGAUAAUCAUAUAUCGGCAAUUGAUGCUGCUUUAAUGCUAAAACCAUAUAUGAGAGCAGAAGAAAAAAGCAUUGAAAAUACAUUAAAAAAUGUUUUUAAGAUUACAACAAGAAGUACAACUAUUAUGAUAACUACAACUAUGUGUUUAGUUCUUGUAUUUGGUCUUACAUUUAGACGUCUAAAUUAUUCAUUCAACUUAAAAUCUAUAUUCUAAAAUUUAAUAUCGUACAAAUUAAGACUGUAUUAU